GAGUUAUGUAUGUUUUUAGCACAAUACCAUUAGUUACGAUAUCAAUAGUGUGAAUUUGUUGAAUAAUCAUAGUUGUUACUGCUUUAUAUAUUUCAUUCCAAUAAAUAGAGACAAAAUGCUCUUCAGAACAAUGUCCAUCGGUUUUUGCGGUCGUCGUCGACGCACCACUAUCAACUGCAAAGCACAUAAGGUUACAUACGAAACGCCAACAGAGCUCAUGUUUAAAUCAAUCUAUCAAAGACCAUAGACAACAGCUCUUCACUCACUGGCGAUUGGAUAGGCACAAUAAACUGUGCCGUUGAGGAGCAUGGGUUGAGAUGACCAUAAUGUAAGCAUCGAGGCUGUACAAUUUGACCCCUGCAUCCAUCCUAUAGCAAUGAGGUCAAGUAUCCUGUUUCAUGCUUCUGCAUUUUUUGCUCUUUUCCUUCCUCUCCGUUCUCUUCUCGAAUUCUCAAUCGAGAUCUCUCAUCUCGAAAUGCCUUUUCCUUUUCUCCUCACGUUCAGUCAAUCGGGCAUCAACCACGACCGUAUCUCUUUCGGCGCAGGAAUCGGACUGCCUAGCAUCUCUGCCUAUUCUCCUAAUGGAUCAACAUUUACUCAAUGGCUUACUCGCUGGAGUAACAAUGAUCGUGGAAAUACCAUUCGAAAAAUCAUUUGCGUGACCGGAAUAUUACUUCACAUCCCGUUGAAUCUGUUCUACAUUAAGGGAUGGGGAAGCUUGUGGGUUCUUUGGGGAAUUAUAAGUGCCUUGUUCAAUCUUUGGUUCGUGUGUAUCGGGUUUUGGUGGCUAGAUAUUAUGAGGGGAGAGAGGUGGGUUUAUGGGCGGAGAGCGACACGACAACAUUCCGAUAUGAUUAUAGCGCUUCUUCUCGUCGUGUAUACCUUCUCAUUCAUUCUAACGACAAUAACUGGAUUGAAUUCAUAUGGAGCAAUCUAUUUCUUCAAUAAUUGGUGUUGGCCUCUUUGGGGAAUGGCAGAUUUGUUAUGUCCACUUGCUGGAUGGGUUAGUACUUGGGAAGGGACUGGUGUUGUCAAUUUAGCGUAGAGCGUGGAUGAUACUCAGGGGGAGCAGGGCAUGACUUUCGAAAAGCUAGGACUCUUGGCUCGUCUCAACUGUGGGCUUUGAUAACGGAGGAUGGAUUACACAAAUGAGAUUCACAAAACCCAGGACUGCAAAUGACAUCUGUUGGUUCAGCUAUCCAUUCUACUACCUACUUGAAAUUUGAGGUGAAAUUAUUUCUUCUAGGAGAUACA